AUGUUUGGGGGAGGUAAAAAAAAUCCGGGAAAAAAGAACCAGGGAUUGGGGCAAAAACCUUCACCUGUCAAAAAAAGAGCAUCUGCCCCAAAAAAGUUUACUAAAAAUGUGGACAAUAGAACGCACACGAAAGCAGGUGGGUUCCUCCAGGGCUCAGCUUCCAUCGAAGGUGGCGCUACACGAAUAAAAAGAAAUUUAAAGACUCAAAUAAAUUCAUGGACAGGCAAACCUUCUAUCCGAGAAAUUGGUGAUUUACCGGGCUUAAGAACUUCUGGGCCAGGCCAAACUUCCCAGCAUGGAAGUUUCACCAGGUCAGGCUCAUCUUAUGGGACAAUCCAAUCUUCCUACCAAACCGCUGAUAAAAGUUAUUACCAGAAAACAAAAGAAAAGUAUGAAAGUUCCUUAAGAUUGGGCUCAACUUCCGAGACAUAUUACCAAUCUUCCCACCCACCCAAUGAUAAUUCAACGGUAGGAAGUUCCUCCGAGUUGGCCUCAUCCAAAAAAAGCAGCAAACAAGAGAAGGGAAAAAAUAAAGAUCAGCCAAAAUGA